AAGUUCCACAAAAGUUAAAUCGUUAAACAGAAUGAGUCGAUCGCAGAUGAUUGGUACAAUUUCCGAGUUUAACAGUACAUUCGACGAUUGGGAUGUUUAUUACGAGCGGUUGGAGCAGUAUUUUGAGGUGAACGAGGUACCGGAUGUGAAACGAAGUGCUUUCCUGAUCAGUGUCAUCGGUGCCAAUGCGUACAAGAGUUUGCGAGAUUUGUGUCACCCGGUAGCACCGAAAGAUAAACCCUUCCUGGACUUGUGUGAACUGUUGCGAAAGCAGUUCAGUCCACAGGUUUCGAUUUUUCGAGAGAGGGCUAAAUUUUACAACGCCCGCCAGGAGACCUACGAAAACGUGACUCAGUGGUAUGGAAAACUGAAACGACUUUCGGUGGAUUGUAAGUUCGGAGAUAGUUUACAAUCGAUUCUCCUAGACAAAUUCAUCACCGGAUUAAGACCUGGUCAGGUUCUGGAUCGUCUGUGUGAAGAAAACGAAACCCUGAAGUUGGAGCAAGGUUUAGAUAUUGCGGUGAACAAAGAAUGCGCUGCCAGGGAAAACGCCUAUGCUCCCGUUCCACGAGGCUUUAGACCACAAAUCUGUCCUCCUAGACCACAGCCGUGUCUAUUCGGAGGUAAACCAGUAGGCGUAGCAUCAAACUCCCUUUUCCAAACAUCGCAACCUGCCGCAGCAGUUUGUUUCGGCGGACCUUCAGCCCCUGUACGAAUGCUUUCCGCUGCACCACUUGAGGCAUCAACGGCGGGAGCUUGUUUCGGUGAAUCGAAUAACGCCCUGUUUGGGGCUGAUAACUCGGCAGGCUUUGGUGCCGCUGGAUUCGCUGCUCCCAAGGCCUUAGCUUUCAGUGCACCGGCUGAAAGGAUCUGUGCAAAGGUCAGUGCAGAGACUGACGUUGUGGCAGCACCUCCGGCUCCUGUUGGUGCAUUGUGGGCCGAUCAGCCGGUAGAGGCGGAGGUGGAAGCAGAUGGCGUACCGGAGGGAACUGAUCGAGUUGUUUGCGUGCAGAAGAAAGGACGCGUUCGCACUCGACGACGUGGUCAAGCUCGUCGCAAUGCUGCUGGCGACAGUGCUGAUAAAACUUCUGUCGAUGGAGAGAAAGAGGGUUGAGUUUUUCAAUCGAUACGGGUAAAUAGGAAACUAGCGUGAUAUACUAAAAUUAUUGUUCUUGUAAGUUAAGUAUUAAGAUAUUUAUGAAAGUAAAAAAUCAGACCUCUAAGUAUUAUGAA